UUUGGGAAAUAUAUUUUCAUUGCUGGUGAAAACAACGCGUUGGUACAAACAAUAGAAUAUUUUGUUCUUGAAAUAAAUAAUUUAUAAACAAAUGUGUUAAACAGUGUUUAAGAUAAAUACAAAAUUUAAAACAUGAAAUUUGCCGAGCAUUUAUCAGCUCACAUAACUCCGGAAUGGAGAAAACAAUAUAUAAAUUAUGAGGAAAUGAAGGCUAUGCUGUAUGCAGCAGUCGAACAGGCUCCCUCAGCCGAAUUGGUCGAUCCUGAAGUUCUAAGCCGUUACUUUGCGAAAUUCGAUGAGCAAUUCUUUCACUACUGCGACAAAGAAUUGGCUAAGAUUAAUACUUUCUAUUCAGAGAAAAUGGCUGAGGCCACUAGAAAAUAUGGCAAUUUACGCAGUGAACUAACAGAGACACUAGAAAUGGGUCAUGUUAAGAAACAACCGGCCUGGAAGUCAAAAACUCCCUUGGGACGAAAAAAUGUACCGGCGCGCAAAUUACAAGAUCUCAAAUUAGCAUUUAGUGAAUUUUAUUUGGGUUUAAUUUUGUUGCAAAAUUAUCAAAAUUUAAAUUUUACCGGUUUUCGUAAGAUACUGAAAAAACACGAUAAACUAUUGAAUGUGGAUUUUGGAGCCAAUUGGCGCAAGGAGCAUGUUGAAAUGGCACAUUUUUAUACGAAUAAAGAUAUCGAUAGACUUAUACAGGAAACUGAAACUGCAUUUACGCACGAGAUUGAGGGAGGCGAUCGACAGAAGGCAAUGAAGAGAUUAAGAGUGCCACCUUUGGGUGAACAACAAAGUCCCUGGACUACCUUCAAAGUAGGAUUGUUUUCGGGAGCUUUUGUGGUUCUAUUAAUAACAGUCAUACUAUCAGCUAUAUGCUAUGGUUUUGGAGAAGAUUGGCGUGUGGGUUUACGUAUGUUUCGGGGGCCUUUUCUAGUCAUAGAAUGUCUAUUUCUAUGGGGUGUUAAUGUUUAUGGUUGGCGUUCUUCUGGUGUCAACCAUGUUUUGAUAUUCGAACUAGAUCCUAGAAAUCAUUUAUCCGAACAAAAUAUUAUGGAAAUUGCCUCGGUAUUUGGUGUACUCUGGGCUAUAGCGGUAUUAUUUUACAUCUAUUGUGAUCCCUUGGGUAUACCACAGUAUUCAGCACCCAUUUUUCUUUACACCCUUAUGGUGGCAUUUCUUUUAAAUCCCACCAAAACUUUUCAUCAUGAGGCACGCUAUUGGUCCAUCAAGGUAUUGAGUCGUGUAUUUAUGGCACCAUUUUUCUUUGUAAAUUUUGCCGAUUUCUGGCUGGCCGAUCAGUUGAAUAGUAUCGUACCGGCCUUUUUGGAUAUACCAUUUGUUAUCUGUUUCUUUGGACAAAAUCCCUCAUGGCAUAAAAUGGGACGAGAUGGUGGCCGUUUUUGUAUUGAGGAUAUUUCGAUUGUGCGUCCCAUAGUCGCCAUUUUACCAGCCUAUUUUCGUUUUGCUCAAUGUAUUCGCCGUUUCCGUGAUACGAAAGAGUCAUUUCCCCAUUUGGUUAAUGCUGCUAAAUAUGCUACAUCAUUUUUUGUCGUGAUUUUCUCUUACAAAUAUCAAACAACAAACAGUAAGUAUUGA